AUGGCGAAAACUUUGGCACAAGGAAGGAAACCUGGAAGCGGCAGAAAGCCCGGAAAAGGGAAGACGUUGAGAGAGGGAAGAAAGCCUGGCAGUGGUAGGAGGAGGAGGCAAGAUACUGGGGGUAAAGAGACCGACGGGUCUCAGCAAGAUCAGGAGUCGCGUCUUAUUAGUUCCAGGGACAUGGAAGCUGUGGACGCACUGAGAGAGUUGACGCACAGCCCGUCGUCUCACUCAGCUCAUAAUUCAUCAGCAGCACCACCGCCGCAUGCAGCAGCGGCGUCAACUUCAUUGCCUCCAUCUCUGGAUUAUACCCAUCAGUCAUUCAUGGAUCAACAACAACAACAGCAGCAGCAGCAGCAGCAACAACUACUACAGCAACAGAGAGUGGACGUCGUUCCGCCCAAGCCGUUCAUCACCCACAAGAUCCUGUUAUCUUCAACGGGAAACUCUGGCGGCCACGUGAAUUCAAAUUACAACGCCGACCACAGCAUUAAUCAUAAUUCAAACCACAACCUUAACAGCAACGUGAACGUGAACAUGAACUUUACUAUAAAUGGGAGCAAUCAAGACCCGUCAUCUUCUUUCCUGAUGGGGCCCUACAACUACUUACAGCGGCCUUUCAUUGUGAAACCAUAUCUUGAUCUGUCCACAAGCACAGCAGCAUCAAAUCAGCCACGGACGCAACCAUCGCCGGCAGCACAUAUCACUAAGAAUUCCGAUUCUACAGAGAAAAACGCAACCAUAUGA